UGGAGGACUUAGUAGAGAUACCUUCUCAUCCACAUCUCUCUCUCUCUCUCUCUCUCUCUCUCUCUCUCAUUCUCCAUCUUUAUCUUCCUCUCUCUCACACACUCAAGACACAUACAUAUACUGAGAAAGCAAAACACAUACAGCGGAAGUCUUCUCUUAUGUUUAUGCUAAAGGAAUAUGGUGCGGUCUUGUUUGUUUUCAUCUGUGUGGCUUUUUAUUGAAUCUUGAUGGUGCUAACAGCUAUCAGGCAAUUUUGGUUAAUUCAAAUAUGAUUUGAAGAAAAGGGCCGACACUGUAUGGUGGUAGAAGACAGCAUGUCAAAUUUGACAUCUGGAUCUAAUGAUGCUAGCAUUUCUUCUGGCAACAGACUAGAAAUUGGUGCUGUGUACCCACAGCAGCAGCAGCUGCCUCCUUUAGCAUCAUCACCGACUAAUCAAAGUGCUCAACCAGCUUCAAAGAAAAAGAGAAAUCUUCCAGGCAAUCCAGACCCUGAGGCAGAAGUGAUAGCUUUGUCUCCAAGAACCCUUCUGGCAACAAACAGGUUUAUAUGUGAGAUCUGUAACAAAGGGUUCCAAAGGGAUCAAAACCUCCAAUUGCACAGGAGGGGACAUAAUUUACCCUGGAAGUUAAAGCAAAGAAGCAACAAAGAAGUAAUAAGGAAGAAGGUGUAUAUUUGCCCGGAAACUACAUGCGUGCACCAUGAUCCCUCACGGGCACUUGGGGACCUCACUGGAGUCAAGAAACACUUUUCCAGAAAGCAUGGUGAGAAGAAAUGGAAGUGUGAAAAGUGCUCAAAGCGUUACGCUGUUCAAUCAGAUUGGAAAGCUCAUUCCAAGAUUUGUGGUACUAGAGAAUAUAGAUGUGACUGUGGAACCCUUUUCUCAAGGAGGGACAGUUUCAUCACCCAUAGAGCUUUCUGCGACGCCUUGGCAGAAGAGAGUGCCCGGGCAAUUACAACAAACAACCACCCACUAGGACUACUAGGCGGCGGCGGCAAUAGUACUACAUCUUCAGUCCAACUCCACCUCCAAAACCAUCCUCUCCAUGGCGGCGGCCUCCCCGUGUUUCCUCUCAAGCGAGAACAAGAUCAGUUACAGUUACAGUUACAACGACAACAAAGCUUCAAUAGCAACUUGAGGCCACCAGAGCUGCCGCCUUGGCUCUCUGAUCCAGGGGAGGUCCACCAACAAGUCAUGACUUGUUCAGCAACCCGAGACUGGACCAAACCAUGAUUCAUCAUCAUGAAAAUGUCAACAACCCUAACCCUAAUCCAACUCUUUCCUCCUCAUUCCAAGCCGCCGCGGCAUCGGCAUCACCCCACAUGUCUGCAACUGCAUUGCUGCAAAAAGCAGCACAAAUGGGAGUUACAAUCAGCAAACCUGCAUCAAGUCAAUCAGCUGCUGGUGCGGACGAGGUGGCGGCCGCUGCCUCGGCGACAACAACGAUGCUGAGACCCCACCAAGCAGCUCACGUGAGUACUGGUUUGAUGGGUUCGACAUCAAUAAUAUUGGCCACUUCUACAGCUGGUUCUAGCCUGGGUCUGGCCUCACGUGAAGAUCAGAUGGGAAUAGGGUCUAGUUCUGGAUCUGGGCUUAUGCAUCAUCACGGGCUGAUGGCAUCUUUUGGGAACAAAACUAGUGCUAUCACCUCUGCAGGUUGCAUGGAACAUCCACACCAAGCAAAAUAAGUGUUGGUCCAUUAACAACUCAUGAUCAUCUAGGAGGAGGAGCUUUGAUGGGUAUGGUAAAUUCUCAUCAUCACGAUGGAUUCGGGGAGAACUUUCAGGAAGUGUUAUUGACUUCAAGAAGGGGAAUAAUGGAAGAAGUAAUAGCGGUAAAGAAGGUGGCGUAUUUGGUGGCCGUGGCAACAAUAUUAAUGACGGAUUAACAAGGGAUUUCUUGGGUCUAAAAGCCUUCCCUACUGCUAGAGAAACAUUUCUUAGUCUGGAUGAUCUUCAUCAACUUGGUGGCUCAUCUUUCAAUGACCAGCAGGGUCAUCACAAUCCAGCAGCACCAUGGUAGAGAUUUAGUUUGAAGUAAUUAUGUUUAUGUUGGGCAUAUGAGAUUUCUUCUUUCCUAUUAAUUUGUUCGUUAAUUGUUAUUAGUUGAUUUUGUCCCAUACAUAUAUAAAUAUAUAUAUGUGUAUCUGUGCUGCUACCGUCCUCCAGUUCCUAGUUCUUUUCACAUUUACAAAUGACAAGGUUUUAUGGUUAUUGC